AUGGUUAGAACACGAGGUCUACGUCAUGUGUUUGGCACAGGUAGAGGCAGAGACCUUAGUCAGGAUGUGCCUGAGGCUGAUGUUCCUCGGUGUCGUAGGCCCACUGCCUCAGCACGUAGGCAACGGGUUACCCAGAGAGCCGAGGAUGUUCCUCAGUUGCCUAAGGAUGUGCCUCAUGUGUCUGAUGGUAGCCCAGAGAGGACAGGAGCCGCCGAUGGUGUUGAGACAGAUCGAGUGGCUAGUGAUGGGAGCUUGGGGGCACCUGCUGAUGAUGAGGGGUUCCCUGGUGGGCCACGCGAUCCAUCUGUUUUGAUAGGAUUUGCUGAUCAUGAGCGACCCGAUCUCAAGUUGGUCUCCCAUGGUAGGAAAGUAGACAAAUUUGGGAGACCGGCUGCUGAGAUUGAAGGUAUGAUUGCGGCCACUGGAUUGGAUCCACUAAUCAGGUAUUCUGUAAUCACCACUGAUCCUGGACUCAUAUCCUCCUUUGUUGAGAGGUGGCAUAGGGAGACGGGCAGCUUCCACCUCCCAGUAGGGGAGGUGACGAUCACUCUAGACGACGUUUCGUCACUCCUGCACAUUCCGAUUACUGGCGCGCUGCAUUCAUUCGAGCCACUGGUUACAUCUGACACAGUGGCCCUGAUGAUGGAGCUACUUGAGGUCACCCCAGACGAGGCUACAGUUGAGACACAUCAGGCAGGCGGGUCUCAUGUUCGGUUGUCCUGGCUUCAAGAUAUGUACCAGAGUAGGUGCCGGGCCAGGCAGUGGGCUGCUGCAGCUCGGACGGACCUGGGCCAGGCAGGGGCAUUCUCUUGGGGAGCGGCCGCUUUGGUCCACUUGUACGAUCAGCUUAACGAGGCGUCGCAGGCCCCUACAUGGCAGAUGGCCGGUUACAUUUCACUACUUCAGUGCUGGAUUUAUGAGCACUUUCCAUCGGUCCAUAGGUGUGUUGUUGACGAUGGAUAUGUUAAGGCUAGCCCACGUUCCUGUAGGUGGCUUACGGGUAAGGCCCAGAUGACCGGGAUUAAGGGAGCCCCUUACAGAGCACGUAUUGAUGCCCUGACAGUGACCGACGUCUGUUGGAUGCCGUAUGCUGAGCAUCGGGGAGUUCGGGGCUAUGACUUGAUCUCCUCGUGCACGGGGCAAGCCGUUCCUCCGCCACCGGUUCGUGAUUCGUUGACAGGUACUGAUAUAGAUGACCAGUGGGUACACUUUUCAGAUCAUGUGGUGCCUACAGGGGAGCUCUGUGUAGUUCCUAAGCAAGUGGCCCCAGACUACAUGGAGUGGUUUUUUCAGAUUUCGCACCCUUUUGUGACGCCGACGGAGGACACUGCUAAGCCGAGACCUGCGCCUCCCCCUCCCACUCAUGAUGAUGACUUCGUCGAGCCACCUGUCGCCAAGGUUCCAGUCGUGUCAGAUCCCCCUAUGCGUUAUGUGGUUGAUUGCACAGCAUGUGUCAAGAUUGGAAGGAUUGCUGAGCAUUUGGAGCGCGUCAUCAACCUCAGGAUGGUGACUGCAGGGACUGACUUAUAUGAUAUCAUGGAUCUUUGUCUAAGGAUAGCUAGAGAUGACGACCCAGAUGACAGUCUUAGGCCACGACAGAGACCCCACAUAGAUUAG